AUGACUAUAAAACGAAAAGUAAUAAUACUGACAGGUGGAAACUCGGGCUUAGGAUAUGAGGCGUUGAAGCAAUUUCUAACGCAUCAAACUCCAUAUCACAUUAUUCUGCCGGUACGUAACCCAACCUCUGCACAACCCACAUUUUCAGAACUUGAAGUACCCAAACAACAUAUAGUUGAAAGCACUAAACUUGAUCUGGCCUCGUUUGAUUCUGUAUGGACGUUUGUUUCGUGGUUUUUGCAAAAAGGGCUACGUUUACAUAUUCUGAUCCUAAAUGCUGGUGUCGUAUUUACUGAACUUGGAAAAACUGCAGAUGAUUAUGAGCGCACUUUUCAAAUAAACCAUCUUUCAACCUUUUUACUUGCGCAAUUACUUCUCCCACACUUGUUAAUCUCUGGGCCGGGUUCACGAAUAGUUUUUGUGAAUUCUGCACUUGCUGGGCGUGGUGAAGGUCCGAAACUAGAAGUUGAUAAUUUGGAUGGUAGUAAAAAAUAUGAUGGGAUGUUAUUUUAUCGAAAUUCUAAAUUGAUACAGAUGUUGUGUGCGUAUCAUUUGGAUAAAAUAUUGGAAAAGGAGGUGGUGAAAGUACAAGGUGAAGGUGGAAAGAUCGAGGAAAAAAGAAAAGUCACAGUGGUGACAUUGGAUCCGGGAUUUGUGCCAAGCACUAAUCUGUAUAGAGGUUAUCAUUGGUUUCUAAAAUUUCUGAUGAGAUCCUUUGUGCCUUUUACCAGGACGCCACAACAGGGUGGCACGGUAAUAGUAAAAUCAUCAAUUUCUCCUACACUUGAAAACCGUAAUGCAUCUUGGGUAAAUGAAUACUGCGGAAUUGCACGGUCGAGCGAUGAAAGUUAUGACGAGGAAAAACAACAAUACUGGUGGGAUCUGACUUGUGAUAUUGUUGGUCUGAAAGAUAAGAAAUCAGACCAUAGUUAA